GCGCGGUCUCUGCUGCUGCCGCUGCCGCUGCUGCUCGGGACAAAACCGCACGCAGCUGCUUUCAUUUCCCAGUGCUGGAACAGGAGAGGAGCUCGCGCUGCUCGCUGCAGGGAUAUCACCUCUGACGGACUUGAUAAAGGGCAAGAACACACACAUUGUUUCUCCUAAUUUGCGAGCACUUAUGCGAUAGUUACAAGUGCCGAUUUGUGGAAAACAAACUUGUAAAUCCGUCUCUUCCGCCACCGGUUUUAAUGUGUUUUAUGUGUUUACGCUCAACAGUGAGGUAGACUUACUCGGGCAAAAUUUUACCGGCGUGUCAGUGUGUGAUUUAUCCCGUGGAUGCGGCUGUCGGGGUCGGUGUCUGAGCCCUGCAGGAGCAGCCUGUCAUAGGGCAUCAUGGUUUCUCUGGUUCUUCUCAAGUGGAUGAGGAAUAUUUCUCCGGAGAUGCUGCUGUUGGUGCAGAUAUUGUGGUUUUUACCAGUGACUGGAGCGGCUCCUUCCCUGACUACCGAGCAGCUGGACAUGGGGGUGGACUGGCUGAGCAGGUUCGGCUACCUCCCGCCCCCUGACCCAGUGACUGGUCAGCUUCAGACCAAGGAGGCCCUGACCAAGGCCAUCAAAGCCAUGCAGAAGUUUGGAGGGCUGAAGGAGACUGGAGUCUUGGACCAAGCCACACUGGGUCUAAUGAAAACGCCCAGAUGUUCUCUCCCAGAUGUGUCUGAUGCUGAGGUGACAGUGGGCCGGAGGAAACGAAGCCUCACUCCUCAGAACAAGUGGAAUAAGAGGCACCUAUCCUGGAGAGUGAGGACCUUCCCUAAGGAUUCGGCCUUACUGGGCAGGGACACUGUUCGAGCCCUGAUGUACUACGCCUUGAAGGUCUGGAGCGACAUCGCGCCACUUAACUUCCACGAGGUUGCCGGCAGUGACGCAGAUAUUCAAAUCGACUUCACUAAGGCCGACCACAAUGAUGGAUAUCCCUUUGACGGACCAGGGGGCACCGUGGCACACGCAUUUUUCCCCGGAGAGAGGUUCACAGCCGGGGAUACACACUUUGAUGAUGACGAGGCGUGGACCUUUAGGUCACCAGACUCCCACGGCAUGGACCUGUUUGCUGUUGCAGUCCAUGAGUUCGGUCACGCCAUCGGACUGGUCCACACCUCAGCCAUGGAGUCCAUCAUGAGACCGUACUACCAGGGUCCUGUAGGAGACCCUCUGAAAUACGACCUGCCCUAUGAAGACAAAGUCCGCGUCUGGCAGCUCUACGGUGUCAGAGACUCAGUGUCCCACACAAACCGACCAGUCAACCCCUCCCAGACGGCUGAGCCUCCCGUCCUGCUCGACCUCCCGGAAAACAGAUCCACUGUCUUGCUGGCGCGAGAUGCCCCAGACAGAUGCUCCAGUCACUUUGAUGCAGUGGCCCAGAUACGAGGGGAGGCCUUCUUUUUCAAAGGGAAGUAUUUCUGGCGACUAACUCGAGAGAAGCACCUGGUGUCUCUGCGUCCGGCUCAGAUCCAUCGCUUCUGGAGGGGCCUCCCAACAAAUCUGGACAGUGUGGACGCUGUGUACGAGAGACCUGGAGACCACAAGAUAGUCUUUUUCAAAGGUCUAAAGUACUGGGUGUUUAAAGACAAUAUCGUGGAGGAAGGUUACCCUCGUCCAAUCAGUGACUUUGGCCUACCUUCAGAAGGCAUAGACGCAGCCUUUGUUUGGCUACACAAUGACAAAACCUACUUCUUCAAGGACAACCGCUACUGGCGCUACGAUGACCACCUGAGGCGAAUGGACCUGGGCUACCCUAAAGACAGCACGCUUUGGAAGGGGCUGCCACCACAGCUGGACGACGCCAUGAGGUGGUCUGAUGGCUCGUCCUAUUUCUUCAAGGGGAAGGAAUACUGGCGAGUGCCGGGCAGUGACAUGGAGGUGGAGCCAGGAUACCCCCGCCUCAUCGCUAAGGACUGGCUGCUGUGCACCGAGAUGCAGUCGGACUCUCCAGAUACAGAGCCCAAAAGCACAGAGACGAGAAUCAACGGGCACCUUCACCCAGACCACGCAGAGAAUGGAUACGAGGUUUGCUCCUGCACCUCUGACACCGCCUCGCCUUUGGGCGUCCGCCCCUCCCCAUCUCCCAUCUGGCUCCUGCCGCCACUCUGGACGCUUUCGCUAGCCCUCCGCUCUGAACUGCUAUGAUGCCAAAGCAUGGGACAAAGUUCCUGAGCUGAUUGGUGGAGGGCCAGUAGACACCCAGUAAAACCAACGACUGGAAUAUUUUGUUUUAAUUAUAUAAUUUGGUAUCUUUUUGCUCUAAUUUUGCUGUUAUUUAUUUUACAUGCCAUUUGGUCAUCGGAGCCAACUAAUGUAGUCCUUAUAGGCAUCAACCCACUCAUAAUGCUUGACAGAGUUAUUACUGAAUGGUUGAACUGCCUCAUCUCUGCACCAAAAAAGGGUGAGUGAUUAUUUCUCCUUAUGAGCAGCAAAGGCUCACAUACAAGCAGUUGAAAGGCAUCCUGGGUUGUUGGCAGGUGCAAAGGUGAACAACAAUCCAACACACACAUUGUUGCCUAUUUUAUAAAAUUACAGCAGAAGUUUUAUUACAAGGUCGUUUCACCAAAAUUAGUUUAAAAGUACAAAAGAUGUAUUUUCCCACUUUCCUCUGGUGGUAUCUAGCCGUUCAAAUGGUUCAUCUUUCAUCUAACAGUUUCUAACCCUACCCCAAUACAUGGAGGUGGAUCGAAUUUUGUUUGUGCUGUUCUACACACUGAAAAAUAUCAUUUGAAAAACUUAACAGUAAUGUGCCUGUGCGAAAACAAUAUCAGUGAUACUCUUGAUAAUCCACAGCACUCAAAUGGACAAUUUUCAUUCACCUCCAUUAUUAUUGGAUGUCUCAAAAACUGGGGAAAUAAACCCUGAACUAUGUGCACUGCAGGAUAUACCACCAGAUAUACCGUCAGAAUUUUUUUUUGUAAACUGGGGAAUUGACCUGUUAAUGAACCCCAGAAUCCACACAUAUCCAUCCAGGUUUAAUGUAAGGUCUGACCUUGCUCGACUAAAGUGCUUGUGAUAAGCAUGAAUGUCUUGGCUUUGACUCUUGCAGACAGUGUGAAAACUUCUUACUGUGACAGCUAGACAGAUGCAUGGAUGAGUAGAUGGAUGAACUCAGCACCAGUUUCCUUGCCUAAAUCCCUCAACUGUACUCCGAAUUGAGGAACCUGCUGCAUACUUCCAUAUUAUAUUACAUAACAUAUUUCCAUGGGUUUAUUAUUUUCACCUCCGGGUCAGAAGCAUUCCCUGCUCUUGGUUUAUUUGUAUUUUUUGUCUCAAAUUCAGAUGAAAUAAUAUUCCUGUUUAUUUGACAUUGCUUUGAUCAGGUUAUAGAGUUCAUAGAGCCUUUUUGUGACUGUUGGACAAUUUCCUUCACACCCCAUGCUCCUUCUGAAGACAAGAGUCACAACAUGGCCCCUGGAUUUAUUCUUGCUGUAAAGAUAUAUUUACCUAUAGACUGAUAUAUUUGAGUUGAAAGGUUCUGCAGGUAUUGCAUAACCAAGUGGGCUGUGUAUAUUUUAAGCUGUGUUUUCUAAUGUAAAAUAUUUUUGUAGAAAAAUUAAAAAAAAAUCUGAAUGACUUUA